ACCCGCUGGCAAGAGCUUCUAGAUGCUUCCUGUGUGGAGGCCACACUUGGGCAGGAAGCCCCCUGGCUGUGGGUGGGGCCUGCUUGUCAUCUGAGGUCACCCUUCAGGAGGUCACUCACCCCGGGUCGCAGGCAGGGGCACUGAGCAGAGCUGCUCCGGGCACCACCCCAAGGUGACAGCCACCAGUGUGAGCACCCAGGUGGCAAAGACCAGCGAACCUUCUGGGCAGAGACAGAAAUCAGUGCCCCCCAACGCAGAGCAGGGCAGACCCGGGGCUAGGAUCCAGGGCCAGGCCAGUCCGGGGGCUGCAGUGGCAGAGGACCAUGGAGCAUGGCCAAGGGCUCACCCCGGGCCCAGACGCUGUGCCCCAGGAGCUGCUGGAUGAGAUGCUCUGGGUUUUCCGGGUUGAAGAUGCAUCCCCGUGGAAUUACUCCAUGUUCGUGCUCGUGGCUGUGGUGCUGCUGACGGGGGGUUUCCUGCUGAGGAGGAGCAUCCUGGCUAACCGAAACCGAAAGACACAGGCUCCAGAGAAGCCAACCCGAGGGGCACUGUCCUCGGUCGAGCUUGAAGCCAGAGGUGACCAAGAGGACAACCACCUGAAUGUGCUGACAGAGACCCUACUGCUGGCGGAGAAGCUGCCGCUGGCCCAGGAGGACUUGGGGCUCAGAGAGAAAGGGGGGUCUUCCAUGUCCCUGCCAGAACCCCAAGAAUCUGAGAGUUAGAGGCACAUUUGGAGCACCGUGCCCCAUGUCAGCCCCGAGAAAGACGUCAGACUCGGCUUCUCUUCGGGGCAACAAGCACGGCCACUGUUUAUUAAAAUGCUUCCAGGCUGCAGCUGGUUCCCAUGGCGACUCCCUAGUCAGGAACUGAUGGGGCCGGGUGUCCACUCACUUUACCAUCUGCAAGGCCCCGGGUUCGAAUCCUGGCACCACAUGGGAGCACCAGAUAGCAGCGGGGAGCUCCGUGGGUGGUGGAGCAGUGCUAUGGUCUGUCUGUCUCUCU